UUUCCUCCGUCGCGUCUCGGCGGCUGCGGCGGACGCGGCUGGGCUCGCCGGUGGCCGGGCGGCGGAGGAAGGAUGGCGUACUUCGUGGAGAGCUUCUGGGGAGAAAGGAACAAUGGCUUUGAUGUCCUCUAUCACAAUAUGAAACAUGGACAUUUGUCAACAAAGGACUUAGCAGAUUUUAUUAGAGAAAGGGCAACAAUAGAGGAGACAUAUUCAAGGUCGAUGACAAAACUAGCCAAAUCAGCAAGCAAUUACACACAACUUGGGACAUUUGCACCAGUUUGGGAUGUUUUCAAAAUCUCAACAGAAAAACUAGCAAGUUGUCAUUUGGAUCUUGUGCGGAGAUUGCAAGAGCUAAUAAAAGAAGUUCACAAGUAUGGAGAUGAACAGAUCAAAGCUUACAAAAAGACUAAAGAAGAUGUUUCAGGAACUUUGGAAGCAGUGCAAAAUAUUCAAAGUAUCACUCAGGCCUUGCAGAAAUCAAAAGAAAACUACAAUGCAAAGUGUGUGGAACAAGAACGCUUGAAAAAGGAAGGAGCAACACAGAGAGAAAUUGAAAAGGCAGCAGUUAAAUCUAAAAAAGCAACAGAUACCUAUAAACUGUAUGUGGAGAAGUAUGCUGCAUUUAAAUCUGAUUUUGAACUGAAAAUGACAGAAACAGCACAGAAAUUUCAAGACAUCGAAGAAAUGCACCUUCUUCGAAUGAAAGAGAUUAUACAGUCAUUGUCAAAUACCAUAAAAGAAAUUCAUUUACAAAUAGGAGAGGUGCAUGAAGAGUUUAUUAAUAACAUGACAAAUACAACAGUUGAGAGUUUAAUACAGAAAUUUGCUGAGUCAAAAGGAACUGGCAAGGAAAGACCUGGCCCUAUUGAGUUUGAAGAAUGUAACACAUCCAGUGUAGCUGAAGGAAUAAAACCACGGAAAAGGAAGCCUUUUGGUUUAUCAGGAAUAAUGAAAAAAGAAAAAGAUACUGAAUCUGUGGAGUGUCCAGAUGCAGACUCAGUCAACUUUCCUGAUGUAGAUGAUGAAGGAUACAGCAUUAAACCAGAAACAACACAAGAUACCAAAGAGAACCAUUUCUAUUCAUCCAGUGAGUCUGACUCUGAAGAUGAUGAACCUAGGAGGUUCCAUGUAGAAAUAAAACCUGUCCAGCCAAAUAACAGCUCUCAAUACACUAUGCCUUCUUUGGAUGAAUUAAAAGUAUCCAUAGGGAACAUCACUCUUUCUCCAGCAAUAUCUCAGAGGCACAGUCCUGCACAAAUGAAUCAAAAUUCAUCCAGUGAAGAGUUAACAAAAUCAAAAUUUUCUGCUCCAACUACUGAAAAGGGGAACAGUGACUUCCUGGCAUGGGAUCCACUCUUCAGCACUUCUCUUGAAUCUUCCUCUUCGGCUUCUUUGGCAUCCUCAUCUUCCUCAGCUACCCUAACAGAGCACAAUAGAAGCUCCUCAUCAUCUACCACUGAUUUGCCUGGGUGUAGAAUAUCUCAGUCUUUGCUUGGACACCAGACAGAUUCUGGGUCUACAAGCCCAUCCUCACCAGGCUUUACCAUUAGCACUUUGUGCAAAUCUGGUGUUACAGCAGCGCCAUCAGGGAGUACCAGUACUUUAUCCUGUUUUUCACGGUCUCAGAGUCAGUGGAUUUCCUUUGCUGAUGAACUUCUUACAAUUACACACACAAGCACAGACAAGAAGGAGCCCCAAAGAUUGCAUUUUAAAACUGAAAAUGCCUGCCUUGCCUCUUCUGCUUUGCUUGGGAGUUCUUCCAACAGCUGUGCUUCUGAGGAUCAAAGCGACCUUUUCAAUAACUCUAUAUGCCAUGAACAGUUAUUCAUUGAAGAAACUGGCACUGCUACUGAAAUAUCUUCUGCAUCAUCUUCAGCACUACUGGACUAUAGUUUAGUGUCUUCUUGUGCUCAUACAAAUAAGGCAAGGCCCACCACUCCUCUUUCUGUGGGCACCAUUGUACCCCCACCAAGGCCUGCUUCAAGACCAAAGCUGUCUACCGGGAAACUUAGUGGGAUUAAUGAAAUACCUAGGCCAUUCAGCCCUCCACUGAUUGCUAACUCAAGUCCACCUCCAGCAGCUCCUUUGGCACGUGCAGAGAGCAUUUCUUCUAUAUCUUCUUCUGCUUCCCUCAGUGCAGGAAACACACCUACAGUUGACGAUGAUCUUUUGAUUCGAAAUCUUCCUGCAAUUGAAAAGCUUUGUGAGACACUGCCAGGUGUUUCACGUGGUCCCAGCCCUGUCAGCCUUGGAAACCAGGACACCUUGCCUGUUGCAGUAGCUCUUACUGAAUCUGUUAACGCCUACUUUAAAGGAGCAGAUCCCACAAAAUGUAUUGUGAAGAUUACUGGUGAUAUGACAAUAUCAUUCCCAAGUGGGAUUAUUAAAGUAUUCACCAGCAACCCAUCUCCUGCUGUGCUCUGCUUCAGGGUGAAAAACACGAGCAAACUAGAGCAGAUUCUUCCAAAUGCACAACUUGUAUACAGUGAUCAGUCACAAAGUGACUCCAGUACUAAAGACUUUUGGAUGAACAUGCAAGCUAUAACGGUCUACCUCAAGAAAUUAUCAGAGCAGAAUCCAUCUGCAUCCUAUUACAACGUGGAUGUUCUAAAGUAUCAGGUAUCUUCAAAUGGCAUACAGUCCACUCCAUUGAAUCUUGCAACUUACUGGAAAUGUGAUGCUAGCACUACUGAUGUGAGAGUGGAUUAUAAAUACAAUCCAGAGUCUAUGAAUGUGCCUAGUAUGCUGUCUAAUGUCCAGAUUGUGGUACCUGUAGAUGGAGGAGUAAUAAACAUGCAGUCACUUCCACCUGCAAAAUGGAAUGCAGACCAGAUGAAAGCAUGUUGGAAAAUAUCUAGCAUUUCAGAGAAGUCUGAGAAUGGAGGUUCUGGAUCCCUCAGGGCAAAAUUUGAGCUUUCAGGAGGACCCAGUAAACCAGCAACACUUGCAGUGCAAUUCAUCAGUGAAGGAAGCACCCUUUCAGGAGCAGAUGUGGAACUUGUAGGCACUGGCUAUCGGCUUUCCCUUCUUAAGAAGAGAUUUGCCACUGGACGGUAUAUGGCAGACUGUUGAUGUACCUGUGAAAGUCGUUGGAUCAGGAAUGCAAGAAACACUUGUGAUGAUAGGAACUCUGCCCUCUCUAUUUUUCAAACACUAUUUUAACAUGCAUUAAUUUUUAAAAAUAUUGACUUACUUUGAGGCUAAACUACAGAAAGUAAAUGCACUUUUAAAGUCAUUUUUAAAACCUUUAUUACUUUACAAUAGCACUGAAGUUAAUUUCAACACUGUCUGUAAAUGAUCAACUGCAAUACUUGGGAAAAUUUGUUGAAAAAUUAGUAACUUUGUAUAGAUGAAGUCAAAAUAGUAAUCCACAGUUGUAAUGGAAGUAUGAAAUUUUAUGUUGUACUGUAAACAUUAAACCUAAAAUAUAGGGGAUCUAGUAAGAAAUAUUUGAGCUUUUCAUAAGUAAUACUCAUUUUUCAGAUUCUUUAAUUGCCAGCUUUUAAUUGACAGUUUAUAAAGAUAGAGGCUAUGUCUUGUGUAGUUCUUCUUUCCAUUCAUAACACAAGAACAGCUGAGUUAGAGAUGUAUAAAAAUAACUUGAUGCCCAUGUAUCAUAUAUUAUUAAAAUGUAAGUUGUUUCAUAUAGGAUUUUUUUUAACUAAGUGCAAUGUGUUACAAAUUGCAAAACACAGCAGAGAUUUACUUCUGCAGUUAGUAAAAAUUUUUGGGCCUUGUUAUUGUUUGAGUUAAUGCAGUAGAUUUAAUUUAUUUUUAUAUUAAUUGCAUAACUUUUGUGCCUUUUAAAAAUGCCUGUGCCUAUCUAAUUUGAUACUCAUGUGCCUCACUUCCUUUUUCAAAGUGUGGCUCUUCAUCAAGAAAGCAUGGCGUUUGUAUAAUGCACAGAACUUUAUAAAAAUUCUUUUUACUGCAAUUUAUUUAGAAGGCAGGUUUUGCAAAAACCGUAGUUUGUUUUAAAAGAAAUUUAAAACACUGAAUUAUUUCCUCAAUGAAUAAUUGCAAGUAAAUGUGGUUUUGGUAAAGGGAGCUGCAUCAUGCAGUACUCGGAAACUUUUUAAUUAACUAAUUUUAAUAUCACCAAAGAGAAGAAUCUGAAAAAUCAGUGAGGAUAGGAAAAACAAACUUCUGAAAGCGAACAGCAUUACUCUUUGCUUUGCCUAUAAGUCUUCAGACUUCGAGUGGUUUUGGGGAUGUGCGAUGUGAAUGUACACAUAGUACUUCAGGAGACAUUGUAAAGAAUAUUUUAUGGCUGCAGGACGACAAAUCCUGUCAUGUGUUCGUUUUUUUUGUAGCUACCAGUUUUAAUAUUUGUAUUGUAAUCUAAUCUGCUUGCUACAGCCUAAGCACAGGGAAUUGACACAUCAGUAACAAUUUUUUUAAGCAAGUCACUAAUUUAGAAAAUUUUCUAUGUAUUUGUAUUACCAAGCUUUUUUGUAAUGUUGAAAUGAUAAGCAUUGGGGCAAAAUAAUUCAAUAACCUGCAUUUGGCAAUUUCAAAUGAACAUUUAGCAUACCAGUAUGUAUUUCAAAUUCUCUAUUAAAACAGUAAAAUAUGCUUGAGUUAAUUCAUGCAAAGCCAGUAAUGAAUUGGUCUGCUUUACAAGAAAUUAUGCCUUCGUAGAAGCUGCAUAAAUUGUCGUGUACUCUGGACACUUUUGCCGGUGAGAGUUUCAUUGUUAGUGCUAAGAACAUUGUGUACUGUAGAUUUGAUUGGAAGAGUAUAUUUGGCUCCUAUAUUUUGCUAAUCUUAUUGAUGAUAAAUUUACAACUCAUAAAAUGGUGGUCUUUUUAUUGGAAUUUUAAUUGUAACCUGUUUUGCAAUCAAACUGAUUAACACAACGAUAUUUUAUUAAUGAAAACCCAAAUCUAUUAUUGCUAUUUUUAAUCAAGUAUUACAUUAAUUUCUAAGAAAAAUGAAGUAGUUAAUGUUUCAGCACUUUUAAGCUAGCCUUCAUUCUGGUGUUUUUCAUACAUUUGCUUUGGGUGCAGGUUACAAUUUUGAAGCCAUACAAGUUUAUAUAGACAUUUUGUAAAGAAACUCAAAAACAAUGUAAAAAAUAUGUGUAGCUAUCUGAUUUAAAAUAAAAAAAAAAACUUAUGUAGCAAGCUGGUUCUUGCUUGUGUAUACAGCAAUGUCCCUUGUAGCUGCCUCCUAAGAAAAUUAAUUUGUGAAGACAACUCUAAAGGACCUGAAUUUUUAUGAAUUGUUACUACAUUAGACUGUAAAUUAGAACAUGCAAGUUUAUCUUUCAAAAAUUGUAAAUACUCUGAAUUUUCAUUAAAUGUAAAUUUUAAAAAUUUACACCCAUAAUAAACAUGUAAUAUAUAAUUUAAAUACUGAUUUAUAUUGCCUGUACUUUUGCAGUGAAGUUCUUCUAAGCAAUAAGGUAAUAGAGAAAAACCAUGCCUGCAUUGAACAUUUGAAAAUACUCAUUUUUAAGUGAUAAAGGGUAGAGAUCAUUAUGAACUCUUUUAUAUAUAUUUAAAAUCAUCACAGAGAAGGUGAAUGGAAAGAUGACUUUUUCUAGAACAUUUCAUCUUUACUAAACCGUAAUGUCUGAGAUGUCUGUAGUGUCCUACGCCUUUACUAAAUUGAUUCACUUCACUAAUAAAUUAGAUUAGGCAAAACUGGAUAUGUUUAUGAGAAAAAUCUUGACUCGUGGACAUGAGUUGCUGUCUGUAAAUAGUGCUGUCAAAUGCUGUACAUUAUCUUUGUUUAUGAACCUAUAUCUUGUUGUGUGUGCAGGAGAAGAAUUAGUGACAAGAUUGAAGUAAUUCCUUCUGAUUUCUAAUGUUCACCAGUCAAAAAGAGUAGACAAUUUAGAACUUCUCCAGCAGUCUGUAUGGUUUAGUCCUUCUAAGCUUUGAGCACAGAACAGAAGCUGAAACUGAACAAAUGUUUUUGCAUCUGUUUGGUUCCUACUAAUCCCAAGGUCUGCAGAGGCUUAGUAAGUAAUAACUUAUUAAAUUCACUUUCUCAGCUGGUUGGAUAUCACUGCAAUAGAGGUACCAUUUUUGUCAUGCAGGAAAGCAAUAGUCCAAGGGCUUGAUUCUUAUCUUCUGGCAGGCAGGAAUGAAGAACACAAGUACUUAGUGGUCAGACUGGUCCAUGUAACACAGUAGUCUGGUCUUCAACACCGGCCAAAGAACAGGCUAAACCUUGGAGAGCUAAUGUGUCAUUUGCUUUCUGAUCCCCCAGCACCUCAUUUGUUGGUUAGAAAUGUAAAAAGGUGCUGCUCAGUUCUUCUAGUAUUCAUUGAACUUAAAGUGUAACAGAUCUGACUGAGGCUGCUCUGGCACUUCUUUUAACACUUGACUUGCACCCACAUACUGCUCAUAACUGCUGCAAACUGGAUCUCUACUGUCCAAGCAGGUUUGUGAUUAUCUAACUACACAAUCACGUAGUUUUUCAGGGAAACCUAUCUCUAGCACUGCCAGAUAACAUUUCUGUAGGGUAUUUGAAGGAGCUAAAGUAUUUAAUUAUGAACUGGAACAGCAUGAGAGUUACAACUGUGGCAAGUUUUGCUAUCUAACAUAAAAACAAGAUCUUGCAUCAUGGCAAAAAGUAUUACAUUUCAAGUCUUAUAUGUUUGCAAAGCUUAAGAUACACAGAUGUUAAGAUGCCUAUCUUAAGUUUUGCAAUUCAUACAUAAUUGGUUUCCAUUUCAGUUGUUGUGAAAGGGAAAUUAUACUUAAGAGCGUGCAAGAAAAAAAGUCAGGAAUUCCUCCAAGCAUAGCAUAAGCUAAAAACAGUUCAAAGUACUAAAGCAUCAGAUAACACAUCUACUGUUGAGUUAGCAUUGAUUGGACUGAUUAAAAAGUCUCUCAAGUGAAAACAUGAUUUUUAUCUUUAAUUCUACAUAUUAUUACACCAGUAAGUAUUCUGCUCAGCUUACUUUGACCUCCAUGUUUACUGAUACGUUGAUUUUUGGAUUCUCAAUUACUUCGUUCAAUAACCAAUAUAAGGCAUACAGUCUUAAAAGAAGAAGCCUCUUCUGGUUUACUUACUGAACAUUUAGAGCUCUAAUUCUGCAUUUUCUGUAACUGCUUUUUUUCACUUCCUUUGGAAUAAAUUCUUUUUGUUUUUCAA